UAAAUACAACGAAAGCGCAUGCUAGAUGAUUGCGCACAAUAGAUUCCGAUCGUCACGUCGAUGCGACUGUUCCGUGAUAUAAAAUAUAUCAAUGGUAGUCAAAUAGUGAUAUUUUGUUGCAAAUAAUAAAGAGAUAGCGAUUCGUAAGAUCGACACAGUGCAAUUGUCUCUAUCAUGGGUUUCUUACACGACAUAUCACAUUCCUGGACGAAAAAUCUCGAUCAACGAGUAGUCGAUCUACCGUUAGUUGCUUCUUCCUAUCAAGUACCACUUAUAAUAUUCGCAUACCUGUAUUUCGUGUUCAUUUGUGGGCCUCGAUUUAUGAAGAACAGGCCACCAUAUUCACUAAAGACGUUCAUAAAGGUGUACAAUGUCGUCCAAAUUUUGGGAAAUGCGUGGUUAAUCUACGAUCAUAUUGACGGUGUGUUAUCGUCCAAAUUAGUGUGUCCUGUUUUAGACUAUACCCACGAUUAUAAUUCAAUGAGGGUAAGAAUUUAUAUGAAAGCUACUUUUUUUUUAGAAAAUGUAUGUUAUUGACAGGUACCUAUUUACAAGAGAGUCUAAUCCCGAGAAAAAUUUAGUCUCUAGAGAUUAUCUUAUCAGAGAUAGAGAAACACUUUUCUCUAUAAAUCACCGUAUUAAGUAUAUUAUAUGUAUUAUAUUUGUUAAAAUAAAGACAAUAAUGAAGUUAUUGACUAAAUUUUAUCGGGAGAACAAAGAAUAAAUUGGACAAAAAAAGAACAAUUCUGUUAAUAGCAUAUAUUUUCAUCUAAGCUUUAUAUGUAAAUUUUUAACGUAUCAAAUGUGAUUACUUACAUCCAUAUACACGCAAAAAAAUGACUUAGUAAUAGUAGCUAAAUUUCAAUAGCUGAAUCAAACUUAACUAUAAGAGCUUCCGUCUUAGUGUCAUUGCUAAGUUCUGGCUAUUAUAAAUAAAAAACAUUCACUGUGACAAAAAAAUUUAUUACUGAAAUUAAAAGCAUAUAUUAGUACAGGCAGCUAAAAAGAUGGCUAUAAUGUUUUAUCAUGCACACAUUUAGCACACAGAGCUAAGUUUAUAGCUACGCGCAGAAAGUUGAUUUGUAAUUGUUGUUGCAAUGUGGCACUGCCAUAUGCAUCAUCUACAACGCAUUUAGCAUUUAUAUUUUGCAGUAUAUAAGUUGUAUACUGCAAAUAUUAUUACUAUGCGAAGAUAAAAUAGCAUAG